CUCUCGUCGUCGUGCUCAUCUUACAAACGCAAUAUUCAGUUUCUCACCGCUGUCCGUAUCCGCUCACCUGAAAAAUUGUACGCCCGUUCACGUUUCUAAGAAGCCGGAGAAGAUGGUGUGUCGAGUACUUGUGAUUGCUUUAUUGGUGUUGUGUUUGUCGGAUUCCGGCAGGGUUGAGGGUAACAAUGCGCCUGCACCAUCACCCGUUUCCACCAAGUCGCCGCAGCCGCCAACUGCCUCGCCGCCGUCCAGUUCGCCUGCACCAUCACCCGUUUCCACCAAGUCGCUCCCGCCGCCAACUGCCUCGCCGCCGUCCAGUUCUCCGGCGUCUAAUCCGCCGAGUCCUCACGCAUCCCCUUCGGAGUCUCCGGCGCCAACCGCUCCUGCUCCCAAGAUUUCUCCAGCGUCGCCUGUUUCUCCGGCUUCUUCGCCGGCCAAACCCCCUGCGACGGCUUCUCCGGCUGCUUCGCCUCCCACUAAAGGGUCUUCUCCGGUUCAAUCUCCGGUGCCCACCCCGGCUUCAUCUUCGCCGGAAAUAACUCCUGCAGCGUCAGAGGUUCCGUCAACGGCUCCGGAGGCAGAGGUGCCGGGGGUGUUCCCAUCAACCAGCAGCCCACCGAGCCCGGUGCCGGGGAGUUUGUCGCCUGAGGUUGCCCAAGGUCCAAUUGGCGAGUCCGACAAAUCGGGUUCAGAUUCCAAGUACAAGGGUCGGGUCAUUUUGAGUGGGCUGGCUCUUUGGGCUGCAUUGGCAAUUUAGUACAUAACAUUGCCGUUGGCGUUUGUUUGUGUACCACCUUAUUGUUGUCGUUAUUAAUUCUUUCGAAUUAUCUUUUGUAUUGUAAUUCGUAAUAAUUAAAUUCAUUGUAUUUGUUUAAUUUGUAAUUCUGUUAUUAACAUAUAUAUCAUUGAUGCAAUAAUAAUCGUAUUUGUUUAA